AUGGAGCGUGAGACGUUCGAUUGUGUUGUGGUUGGCGCCGGAUGGUAUGGCCUCGGGGCGGCCAAGCAGUACCACUUCACCCACCCGUCCGACUCCCUCGUCGUGUUCGAUGGCCAGGAAACUUUGGGCGGCACCUGGGCAGCCGAGCGCCUGUAUCCGGGCCUGAAGAGCAACAACCUGUGGGGGACCUACGAGUAUCCCGACUUCCCCAUGACCACGGCCAGGUUCGGCGUCGAGGAAGGCAGCCACGUGCCCGGCACCGUCGUCCAUGACUAUCUCAAGGCCUACGCCGCCGAAUUUGGCAUCGCCGAGCGCAUUCGGCUGCGCACCAAGGUCCUGUCAGCCGAACACCAGGACGGCCCCGAAGGCGGCUGGGUCUUGACCAUCUCCUCCGAGUCCUUGGGGGAGCAGCGCGUCUUCGCACGCCGGCUGAUUGUGGCCACCGGCCAGACGUCGGACGCCUUUCUUCCGCAUUUCGACGGCGAGGAAACCUUUGGUGGCCGCAUCUUCCACGGCAAGCACUUCCCGCAGAACCGCGACACGCUGGGGACGGCCAAGUCGGCUGUGGUGUUGGGGGGCACCAAGUUUGCCUGGGACGCAGCGUAUGCCUACGCCACCGCAGGCGUCGAGACGCACAUGGUCAUCCGGUCGUCCGGCCACGGUCCCGUGUGGAUGGCGCCCACGCACGUCACGCCGCUGAAGAAGUGGAUCGAGAAACUCGCCAAUACCCGCCUCCUCACCUGGUUCAGCCCCUGCAUCUGGGGCGAGGCCGACGGCUACCCAGGCAUCCGCAACUUCCUCCACGGCACCGCCCUGGGGCGCAAGAUCGUCGACAUCUUCUGGGGCAUCCUCGGCAAUGAUGUCCUAACCCUCAACAAGUUUGAUUCGCACCCGGAGACGGCCAAGCUCAAGCCGUGGCUCGACGCCAUGUUCGUUGCCACGAGCUUCAGCCUGCUCAACUACGAGACCGACUUCUUCCAGCUCGUCAAGGACGGCAAGAUCCGCGUCCACAUCAGCGACAUCACUGGCCUCAGCCCAGGCAAGGUCCACCUCUCGGACGGCACCCAGCUCACGGCCGAUGUGCUGCUUGCCGUCACGGGCUGGAAGCAAGUCCCGCCCCUCAAGUUCUUGCCCGAGGGUAUUGAAAAGGAGCUCGGCCUCCCCCACUUCCCUGACCCCGAAACGAAACCCACCCCCGAAGACCUCGCCUCGCAGCAAGACCUGCUCGCCGAAGCCGACGCACAGAUCCUGACCCGCUUCCCCCGCCUCAAGCACGAACCCGUCUGGAACAAGGCCUACAUACCCCUCACACAACAAAAGGGCGUACACAGCACCGACGCCGUCACCCCCUGCACCCCGCUGACGCCCUUCAUGCUGCACCGCUUCAUGGUUCCGCCGUCGGCGCGCUUCCUGCGCACGCGCGACGUCGCCUUCGCCGGGUUCGUAUCCAACUUCAGCAACAUCAUCACGGCCCACCUCCAGGGGCUGUGGAUCGGGGCCUACUUUAAAGGGCUGUUGGUGUCAGACACCGUGGCUCCGGCACCGAGUCCGGGAAGGUUAGACGAGUUGCGCCGCGAGACCGUGCUGCAUAAUCGGUUUGGGCGCUGGCGGUAUCCUGUCGAUUGGGGCAAUUCCAAGGUGCCGAGCUUUAUCUUUGAUGCGGUGCCGUAUCUAGACUUGCUGCAGCGCGAUUUGGGGAUCGAUCAUCGGCGGAAGCGGGGUGUGCUCGCGCAGGUGUUGAGUCCGUAUGGACCGGAGGACUAUCGGACUGUUAAUGAGGAGUGGGCGGCAAGGCAGAGGCAUUUUGAUCAGGUGGCUAGCUGA